UAUAUAAUACAUAUAGUAAUCAUAUAUUAUAGUACUUUAUGUAAAUAUAUCAGUUUUUAUUUUCUUGUGUAUACAUAUCAGAAACGUAAACGUGAUGUUAAAAAAAAUAGAAAAAUGGGGACAAAAACGCUGAAUGAUAUUCAUAAAGAUCUGAAACUCCUGAUCACUGCAAUCACUGGUUUUGAAGAAGGUGAGGAAGGUUUUCAGAUCUCGGAGCGUUUCGCUUUGUCACAAGUAAAGCACCAUCGUUAUUUGUCGGUUAACAGUCAUGCAGUUAAAAAAGAAAUCGACGAGAUAAUUCAAAAAUUCCUCAUACAUGGCAAGUACGACGUUGCCAAGGAGUUCCAGGAUCUCGUCCAGACUUUCCUCAAUAGCUUUGACUCCGAGAGGCAUCCCCAGUGUGACGUGCAGUGGUCCUUGUUGUCUCUGUUGUUUAAUUUAGCUAGUGAAACCUGUAACUCUCAAAUAAGUGCUAGUCAUUCGUUGAGCAGGGAUAGGAGUAACAAUGCAUCUGUAGCUACUGAGGAUGACAAGUCUGAAGAGAUUGACUGGGCUGAAUACUUGAAAGAAGGAGAACAGGAGUUUUUCUGUAACUACGAGAGCAACAGUGACAGCGACUGGUCCGAAGAUGAGAAUGAUUGCCAAGCAGACUUGUCUGUGCAUAAUCAACAAAAAGCGUCCACUCCUAGCAGAAAUGCUGUGCCACGUGAAACAGGGAUUCUGGCUACCGUACCGGAAGAAAUUCCAAAAAGUGUAACGUCACAAGACGUAGUCCCUACAAACUGGCUGGAAAAGAACAUUCAAAACACAUGGUGGAAUGAGUUAGACUGGCGCCAGUACAAAGUUGACAGUCGAUUUGAAGACGCUCAUCUACUGGAAUUCUGGAGAAAGAAUACGAAAAAAAGUCACGAAAUCAUUGGAACUCUGAGCGAAUAUCAGGCUCUGAGAGAACUGUUGUGGAUGUUUCAUGUACAUAGUGACAUGGCUGUAUUUCAAGAAGAAAAAGAAAAAGGGUUCGUUAUUCGCGACGUAUCGAUACCAAGUCUCACCACGGUGGCCUUCAAAAGUGUUUUGUCCUCGUAUUGUGAGUACAUAACUAUGAUGCGAGAAAUGGAAACUUUUCUCGAAAACUUGUUUGUACGAAAUGAUACUUCAAAAUCAAGUCGGAGACCACCAUUGACUUACGAAGCUUACGCGGCCACUUUGCAGCACGAAAUUUUGAGCAUUAAAAAAAAACUUGUCGAUUUUGAAACAGAAGUCAUGAAACAGAAUGAUCCGAGUACGUUUCUCUCGGCUUCAAAAGUCUUGAAAAAGUGCACGGACAGGAUAAAAAUAAUUUUCGAAAUUCAUAAGAGCGUCAUUGACGACUGGGAGAAAUUGUCCAACUGGCAGUGCGCUUCUAAACUACUGUCAAAGCUAUACUUCAAAAUACAAAAUUCAUGUAUCAUAGAAAUGAUAAAUUUGUGCGCAAACUUUUACUUGGCCAGUCUCUCUGUAUACCUUAAUAUUAUUGAUGUUUGGUUGAGCGAAGGGAGAUUAGAAGAUUGGAGGGAUGAAUUUAUCAUUGUUAAGUGCUUGGAAUCGGUCGAAAGUAGUACCAGGGAAGAUUGUAGACCAUUGGAAGGGUAUGCAUUUCGAGAACUGGAUCCCUUGUGCUUGAAAGAUCCUGUGAUGAAAAUCUUACUCCACAAAGUCUAUCAAAUAGGACGUAGCGUCGAGCUUUUAGUCACUUUGGAUCGUAUUUCCGACUUCUGGGCCAUGAUGGACAGAGAAAAGGUUUCCAAAGAAACGCUACAUUCAGAGUGUCUGAGAGAAAUACUAUCGGCAUGCUCCAAGUACGAACCAACAGUUUGCACCGACUCGACGGACCACGCGUCCUUACAAAUAAUCGAAAUCCCAAGACCAAUUGCGCCACAUGACCUGGAACUCCAGUACAAUAUAACGCAACAAGUUUCCACGACAAACAAUCCUUUUCUCGCCAAAGCCCUAGAAAACUUUGUGUUUGUGGACGUGGACAGCGUCGACUCGAGAUCUGGAGAUCGCGGUAGGGAACGCGAGGAGUCGAAAACCUUUGAGUUCUUGAAAAAGUCGAACACAGCGUUACCUUGGAGUAGAAUUUUCGAGUGUGCCGUGUCGAAAGUUUUAGAUUCGAAGUUCAGUGGUGCAAGUAAACUCGUCAAGGAUAUCCUGAUGAAGGAGUACAAGCUGGAGGGACAGCUCAAACUGAUGAGGUCGGUCUUUAUGAUGGAGACCAGCCACGUUAUGAACAAGUUCUGCAAACUGAUUUUCACGGAGAUCGAAUCCAACGGUAUGUGGAACAACGCUUACACUGUGGCGUGUUUGUUGGAAGAGAUACUUUCACAAGAAUGGCCAGAAUCGAGCUCACGGUGGUCCAUAACGAUCGGCAACAUCAGAACUACCAAAGUCCUCGAGGCUGUGAAUAGCACUAAACUACAUUACGCCGCCGGCUGGCCGAUAAACAUGUUACUCAACGAGGAAGCCAUCGACAAGUACAACAAGAUCUUUAAAUUCGAGCUGAAGCUCAAAUGGGCUCUGUGGACGCUUCAUACGCUUAGAUUUUCCACUUUAGAAGGUUCGGUUGACGCUACAACUCCGGAUGCCACACAACGCUUUCACAUCAAGCGGCUCGAGACUUUGCGGUUUUGGCUGCUGCACGCUAUUGGCUCGAUACAUGCGUACCUAUCGGGUCAAGUUUUACUCGGCUUGGGUGCUGAAUUUGAAAAAGCCUUGUCUCAAGCUGACAAUUUGGAGGCCAUCAUUACAAUUCACAGUGAGUACUUGGAUAAUGUACACGAGCACUGUCUUCUGACAGGAAAAUUUGACGAUUUGACUCUUACGAUCCACAAGCUACUGGAAAUGUGCGAAGAGGUGCACAAAAGAUGGAAACCCGAGUCCCUGGCUUUCAUUGGCAAAGUGAUGGACCAACUCGAGAACGACUACGUCAAAUACCACACGUACCUAGCGUUGGGCUUACACAACGCAGUGCAGCACAAGGACGCCGAUUACCUGACUGGUUUGAACUCUGCCUUUAACUGCAGUAUGCCAACGACAUAAAAAUCGCAACAGCACCCACAAUAAUAACCACCUUGUUGGCUUUAUUUUUGUAGUUUAGAAACACCGCAUUUUUUUUUUCUGUAUGCGUGUAUUGGCACGCAAAUUCAGUAUUAAGAUCGCAGGAAUCUUAUCAUUUGUGAUCUAAUGUAAUAAAUACAAUUUUUGUUUUUGUUUUUAUAUUGCUACUCAUUAAAUUAAUCACUAAGCUAACUCAUUGAAACACGUUGUUGUACAGACACUAUAAUUGUAUACAUAAUGUUUUCAUCGCUGAUAUAAUUUUGUAUAUUCAUUGUACAAUAAAUCUUGAUUUUUUUUGUAAGCAACAA